UCUUUAUCUCUAUUCCGCACAAAACCAUUUUACUCUUCUCUAAAACCAUGUGUAAUUUAAAACCAUCUACUUCUUCUUCCUUAUUAUCUUCCAAAGACAAAACCCAUUUCUCAAAACUCGAAACCAGUGAUUCAAACCAUCCUCAUUAUUCCGAAUUCAGCGAUAACGAUUCUCUAGACUUUAAAAGAUGGCCAACUUUUCUCGAGGGCUUAGAGGAAGUGAAGGCAAUCGGAAGAAUUUCUGGGCCGACGAUGAUGACCGGGCUUCUUAUGUACUCAAGAGCAAUGAUCUCGAUGUUGUUCCUCGGCUACCUCGGGGAGCUUGAGUUAGCCGGAGGAUCUCUCUCCAUCGGCUUUGCCAAUAUCACCGGCUACUCGGUCAUCUCGGGCUUGUCUAUGGGGAUGGAACCAAUCUGCGGCCAAGCCUACGGAGCUAGGCAAAUGAAGCUUUUAGGACUAACCCUUCAAAGAACCGUCCUCCUCCUUCUCUCUUGCUCUGUCCCGAUCUCUUUCUCUUGGCUUAACAUGAGGCAAAUCCUCUUAUGGUGCGGCCAAGACGAAGAAAUUUCCUCCGUUGCUCAAAAGUUCCUUCUUUUCGCCAUCCCUGACCUCUUCCUCCUCUCUCUGCUUCACCCUCUUCGCGUUUAUCUUCGAACACAAAACAUUACAUUGCCCGUGACUUACUCCACGGCCGUAUCUGUUCUCCUUCAUGUUCCUUUGAACUUUCUCCUAGUUGUGAAGCUCGAGAUGGGAGUCGCCGGAGUCGCUGUAGCUAUGGUCUUGACCAAUCUCAACCUUGUAGUCCUCUUAUCUUCUUUUGUGUAUUUCACAAGCGUGCAUAGUGAUACGUGGGUCCCACUUACUGUUGACGCUCUUAAAGGUUGGUCGUCUUUGCUCUCACUUGCCAUACCCACCUGUGUAUCUGUUUGUUUGGAAUGGUGGUGGUACGAGUUCAUGAUCAUUUUGUGUGGACUUUUGGCUAACCCAAGAGCUACUGUUGCAUCCAUGGGAAUCUUGAUUCAAACAACGGCUUUGGUCUACGUCUUUCCUUCCUCUCUCAGCCUCGGUGUUUCCACUAGAAUUAGCAAUGAGCUUGGAGCUAAACGUCCCGCGAAAGCUCGCGUAUCGAUGAUCAUUUCACUCUUCUGCGCGACGGCCUUAGGCCUAAUGGCAAUGACGUUCACCUUUCUAGUUAGACACCAAUGGGGGCGCUUGUUUACCACGGAUGUAGAUAUUCUUGAGCUGACUUCAAUUGCAUUGCCCAUCGCUGGUCUAUGUGAACUCGGGAACUGCCCUCAAACGACCGGUUGUGGGGUGUUGAGAGGUUGUGCAAGACCAACACUUGGUGCCAACAUAAACUUGGGUUCGUUUUACUUUGCGGGCAUGCCGGUGGCUAUUUUAUUAGGGUUUGUAUUCAAAUUAGGGUUUCCAGGUCUCUGGCUCGGGUUACUUGCGGCUCAAGUAACAUGUGCUUCUCUCAUGUUGUGUGCACUCUUGAGAACAGAUUGGGCUGUCCAAGCUGAGAGAGCUGAAGAACUGACUUCACAAACUCCAGGAAAAACUCCUCCCCUCCUUCCAAUCGCCAGGACUGGACCUGGUACAGAUGAUACAAUGAGAACCAUGUUGGUUUAGAUUGAUAGCUAUUCUUUGGAGUCAUUUGCCUUCAACGCUGACGUACAUAUGUUCUUGUCAAAACAUCAUUUUUUGGAGUUUAUAUUUCUCCUUAAUUUUUACUUUUUAAUUCAAUAACGAGAGUUUGGUUUGUGGGCUUUGUUGGUGUUUGUGUU